AUGCAGUCCAACGGAAACGGAAGUUCUUCUGGUCUUGAGACUUUUUCGCUAUCUGACGCAGUAUUAGCAUCAAAGAUCGAAGCGUACCUGACCGGCAUCACCGUGACGGAUCAUAAACCGGCGAUCCUCUUUGCUUGGGAUAGCGAAGCGCUCGAAGAGUUUGUGCAGGCAGCAAACGCAGAAGCUGAUGGUCACCCUCAAUGGUUUUCUGAGCCUCAAGGCAACAUCUCACCCCAGUCCGUCAUGACCGACAUUAUCACCUACUUAGCGCAGCUCGGCGGCGGUCGGUGUGAUCAUGUGCUUCUCGCACCCAAUUCGCUCAUCCAGUACGGUCACUUGCAAGAGCGGCUUCAGUACAUGCAGUAUGACGAGUUUAUGCAGAAGUGCAUGGCUAACGUGACGCCGGGCAGGACACUAGCACGUACUUUUGCAUUGACAGUGCCAUCUAUCGAGCGCGCUGUCCCAACGCAAUGUCUUCCACCUCCGUCUCCAGUCCGGCAGCUCUUUGAGUAG